UUAUAUCACGUGGUCAACAGUCUUGACAACAUAAUUUAUGCAACUGCCUCUUAUAUCAAGCAAUUGUUAUAUGUACAUCUUUAUUUUUAAAUAUUCAAUAAAAAUUAUAUAUUUUAAAUUUUCAAAUAUUUUGUUAAAAUGAAAUCAUACGGGCUAAAUAUGAAAUAGAUAAAAAUAGUAAAAAUGGAGAAUAUUUUAACUUGGAGCUUUAAAAACAUAACCUAGUCAUGGAUUAUUUAGGUGAAGUAAUAGCGCUUGGAAUUGACAGUAUAAUUUUUGGUGUUUGUUUGAAACAAUACUUUCAUUGCAAAAAUGCAAUUACAGCAGUCAAGGGUGCAGAAUUUCACGAAAUUGGCCCACAAUUGGGAGAGCUGGUUGAUAAAAGUUCUAAUAAUAAGAUAGAUUACAUAGCUAUUAGGGGUAUUGUAAAACCCUUAGGAAAGCCAUUGAAUAGCAUCAAUAAUAAAAAAUUAACUGGUGUUGUACAAAAACUUAAAAUCAAAGAACAUGUUGUAGCUAGAACUACUGCUGGCUUUUGGUCAGAUCAAGAACGUACUGUUCAUAAAGUAUAUAAUACUGUUCCAUUUUCUUUGCAACAUGGAGGUUGUUCUAUAGAAAUAUUAGAACCAUUAUCAGCAGAUAUUUUGGAUCUGGAUGUUGUAUCUAAUACUUUUGAACCAAUUAUACCAUCUUUUGCAGAUCAUUUAUGGGGCUUCUUUACAGGUGUGCGUCAACGUGGUUUACAAUCCACAGAAGAAUUACUUCGUGAAGGUGCAGUUAUUACAGGUAUAGGUGAGUUAGCAAGAACAAAUUCUAAAACUCUUACAUUACAACCCCCAUUGGAUGGUACACCAUUUUACUUAACAAGCAUGUCAAUUAGUUCCUUACUUCGAAAAUUGGAUGAACGUAGACGAACAUACAGAUUACUAUGUUUAAUGUUUGGUGCGAUUGGAAUGUUGAUUGGUGGAAUAGUUCUUCGACGUUAUUGGAAAGAUAGAACAGAACAAAGAUUAGCAGAAGAACUAAGACAAUCUCUAGCUGAAUCCCGCAAAGAAAGACGACAAAGAGUAAGAGAUACUGAUCUCAGGGAAGAUCAAUUGUGCGUUGUUUGUCGCACAAAUCCUCGUGAGAUUAUUCUUCUUCCUUGUGGACAUGUCUGUUUAUGCGAAGACUGUUCUGAAGAUAUUACUAGUGAUUGUCCAGUUUGCAGAGCACCAAUUUCACAAAAAGCUGCAGCAUAUAUUAUCUAACAUCAUAAAGAUAAUUUUUUUUUUUUAAUUACUUCUUAUUACUUUAUAAAAAUUAUUGUUUCUGAGAUUGUAAAAAUAAAUAAAUAAAUAUGAAAUGACUAAAAACAUUAAUGAAAAA